AUGGGCAAGGGCGGCAACGCGAACCCGCGGGAGCUCAAAGGCGGCAAGGCCGAGCAGCUGACAGUCUACCUGUAUGGCAAGGCUGUCGACGUCUCGAAGUUCGCGAAGCUGCACCCGGGAGGCGCCAAGGCGCUGCGCAUCUUCAACAACCGCGACGCCACCGAGCAGUUCGAGAUGUACCACUCGCCCGCCGGGAGCCUCGAUGCCGGCGAGACAGCGGCCAGCACGGGUGACGCGGAGAGCGAGGCCUUCAAGCUCGGCCUCACGCUGCUGCCCGGUUUCCUCGGCUUCUACCUGCUGCGGAGCGGCAUGCCGGCGCUCGGAUCCUUCCUGAUCGCUUUCUCGUACUACAUGUCGGGGUGGACCUCCCACGAUUACUUGCACCACGGCUGCCUCAAGGGCGGCCAAAAGCAGCUG